GAGCCGCGGGGUCCUCGGCCGCCUGACCUCAGCCGGCGCCGCGCCUCCAGGAGGGGGUCGGGCCCGGCACGUGGGCGCAGCGCGGGUCGGGGUGGGGCGGCCACAGCCCUGCGGAGCUGCUUUCCGGGGUCCCUUUCCCUGGACCAGAUUUUCGCGGGAAGCCGGAUCAUCUCCGCUCCCAUGGAGUGAGCAAGCGGGACAGUCCUGCGGAAAGUUUCCGCCCCCACUCCUCCAGCCCUGCGCCCGGACUUCAGCGGCGGCCCCCACCUCCAGCAUCCUCGAAAAAUGGUUUCUCUCACAACUACCCCGAUCAGGUCCAGCACUUGGGAGCUGACUGUGCUGGAGGUGACAGUCUUUGCGGGGUCCGUCUGUGUGCAGGAGUCGCAAGGUCGCUGAUCAGGACCCAAAGGUGGCCCGAGGCAGCCGGGAUGACAGCUCUCCCCAGGAAUCCUGCUGCCUGCUGAGAAACAUGGUCAGCAAGUCCCGCUGGAAGCUCCUGGCCAUGUUGGCUCUGGUCCUGGUCGUCAUGGUGUUGUAUUCCAUCUCCCGGGAAGACAGUUUUUAUUUUCCCAUCCCAGAGAAGAAGGAGCCGUGCCUCCAGGGUGAGGCAGAGAGGAAGGCCUCUAAGCUCUUUGGCAACUACUCCCGGGAUCAGCCCAUCUUCCUGCAGCUUAAGGAUUAUUUCUGGGUCAAGACGCCAUCUGCUUACGAGCUGCCCUAUGGGACCAAGGGGAGUGAGGACCUGCUCCUCCGGGUGCUAGCCAUCACCAGUUCCUCUAUCCCCGAGAACAUCCAGAGCCUCAGGUGCCGCCGCUGCGUGGUCGUGGGGAACGGACACCGACUGCGGAACAGCUCACUGGGAGAUGCCAUCAACAAGUAUGAUGUGGUCAUCAGAUUGAACAAUGCCCCAGUGGCUGGCUAUGAGGGUGACGUGGGCUCCAAGACCACCAUGCGUCUCUUCUACCCUGAAUCUGCCCACUUCGACCCCAAAGUAGAAAACAACCCAGACACACUCCUCGUCCUGGUGGCUUUCAAGGCAAUGGACUUCCACUGGAUUGAGACCAUCCUGAGUGAUAAGAAGCGGGUGCGAAAGGGUUUCUGGAAACAGCCUCCCCUCAUCUGGGACGUCAACCCUAAACAGAUUCGGAUUCUCAACCCCUUCUUCAUGGAGAUUGCAGCUGACAAACUGCUGAGCCUGCCAAUGCAGCAGCCACAGAAGAUUAAGCAGAAGCCCACCACAGGCCUGUUGGCCAUCACGCUGGCCCUCCACCUCUGUGACUUGGUGCACAUUGCCGGCUUUGGCUACCCAGAUGCCUACAACAAGAAGCAGACCAUUCACUACUAUGAGCAGAUCACGCUCAAGUCCAUGGUGGGGUCAGGCCAUAAUGUCUCCCAAGAGGCCCUGGCCAUUAAGCGGAUGCUGGAGAUGGGAGCUGUCAAGAACCUCACGUCCUUCUGACCUGGGCAAGAGUUGUAGCCUGUCGGUUGCCUACUCUGCUGUCUGGGUGACCCCCGUCCGUGGCUGUGGGGGUGCCUGGUGCCAGUAUGACCCACUUGGACUCACCCCCUCUUGGGGAGGGAGUUCUGGGCCUGGCCAGGUCUGAGAUGAGGCCAUGCCCCUGGCUGCUCUUAUGGAGCCGAGAUCCAGUCAGGGUGGGGGCGCUGGAGCCGUGGGAGCCCGGCCAGGGCAGGGGGCUCGUUGCUGUGGCACCCCCUCUCUGCCAGCACCAAGAGAUUAUUUAAUGGGCUAUUUAAUGAAGGGGUAGGAAGGUGCUGCGGGCUGGUCCCAUGCAUCCAGGAAAGAGGCCAGUAGAGUAUUCCGCCCACUUUUUAUAAAAAUCUACAGUGAUGGCCCCACCAACGCCUAGACACAGCACCGGCCUCCCAGGAGGGCAGGGGCAUUGGGAAUGGGUGGGUGCCCUCCAGAGAGGGGCUGCUGCCUCCCAGCGGGCAUGGGAAGGGCACUGGUGUGGGGGUUCCACCGAGAAGGGGACCUCAUCUAGAAAAGAGGUUACAAACCUACCAUUAAACUAUUUUUCCUAAAAUGGAA